AUGUGUACUGAGAUGGGACUGAGACGAAGGCAACUACAUAUUGCGUAGGGCAACAUCUUCCUUGAAGAGAGCCAACAACCAAGGAGACAGAGCACCAGGAUCAGCAAAGAAACAUUCAAGAACUUCAAUGGCUGAUGAAUCAUGGAGGCUACCGAAUUCAGUGCAGCAACUGGCUGCCAACAUGCAAGAACCACCAAGCCAGUACUUGCUCAGAGAGCAAGAACUGCUUGGUGCGCACCUUGCUGGUGCUGAGAUGCCUGAGCCCGUCCCAACAAUCGAUCUUGGCCUGCUGUCUGCAUCCAACGAUCCUGAGGAAGCCGCCAAGCUGCGGUCGGCGCUGCAGACCUGGGGAUUCUUCCAGGUUUCUAACCAUGGAAUGGAGGCCUCUAUGAUGGAUUCUGUGUUCACCGCAUCAAGGGAAUUUUUUCACCUACCGCUGGAAGAGAAGAAGAAAUGCAGCAACCUGAUAGAUGGCAAGCAUUUCCAGGUAGAAGGGUAUGGAAAUGACCAAGUGAGGACUCAAGAUCAGAGAUUGGACUGGUCUGAUCGACUGCAUCUUAGGGUUGAGCCCGAGGGUGGGAGAAACCUUGUCCAUUGGCCCACACAUCCCAAAUCUUUCAGGGAUGAUCUGCACGAAUACACAUUGAAGUGCAAGAGAAUCAAAGGCGACAUCCUUCGGGCAAUGGCUAAGAUUUUGGAGCUUGAUGAAGACUGCCUUGUUAAUCAGUUUAACAGCAACGCCCCCACUUUUGCUAGAUUCAACCACUUCCCUCCGUGUCCAAGACCUGAUCUUGUCCUGGGCAUCAAGCCUCACGCCGAUUUCCCUGCUCUCACGGUUCUCCUCAUGGACAAAGACGUCGCGGGGCUGCAAUAUCUGAAAGAUGGAACCUGGUACAAUGUUCCAGCUGCGUGUGACCACACCUUGCUGAUCAGCAUUGGUCUUACAAUGGAGAUAAUGACCAACGGGAUGUUCACGGGGCCAAUGCAUAGAGUUGUGACUAAUGCCGAUAAAGAGAGGAUAUCAGUGGCCAUGUUCUAUGGUGUGGAUCCCGAGCAAGAGAUUGGGCCGAUAGCUCAUCUGUUAAGUGAGGAGCAACCGGCACAGUACAGGAAAAUGAAGGCCAAUGACUUGUUAGUGUUGCACCAUGAACAUUACGCUGGAGGCCGAGGACCAAGAAUUGCCGAUGCACUGAAGAUCUAAGUAAGAUGGCUGUAGUUCCAUGCUAGAGUACCCAUGGAAAGUAGUAAAUAAUUGGUGAACUUACAGGGAGCAAUCUGGCUAUAAUGAAGAAUCAGCCUUGUUUAUGUUUGGUUUGUAUUAACAUGCUCUCUGAGCACUUUCAUAUUCUCUUAUCUGCUCAA